AUGGCUCCUUCUGCUAUUACCGACACUCCUGCUCCCAACGGAGCCAAACAGGCGGCCCAGAAGGAUCUUCCCAGUCCAAUUCACCCUUCUAUGAUCCCUCGUUUGGACCAAGACUUCAUUGAGUAUUACAAUGCAUACAUCGCCGUGAAACCGGUUACCCACCAGGUUAGCAUGGAGGAUGUUCGCAAAUAUCCGAAGCUAUAUGCCGCUUCCUGGGCCAAGGAUUUCACUUUCGAGCCGUUCGUGAAUGACAUUGAAAUCCCGGGGCCAGAUGGGAAUAUUAUCAAAGCUCGUUGUUACACACCUGAUCCAAGGACUUCGCCAUACGGCGAUGGCCCAUAUCCUAUUCAUAUCAAUGUCCAUGGUGGCGGUUUUAUUUUUGGCGACCUGACUGGAGAUGCCGAGUUAUGCAUGCUGGUGCGAGACCGGGUUGGUAUCAUGGUACUAGAUAUUGAUUACAGACUGUCUCCCGAGCACGUCUGGUACAAGGGACAUGCGGAUGUUUGGGCAGCAUUCAAAUGGGUCCGAGAACAAGGCAAGACCAUUAAUGCCAACAUCGACUCCAUCUCCAUGGGAGGGAUCUCUGCUGGUGGGCAGAUCACCGCCGUGUGCCAGCAACUUGCUCGGAAUGAGGGCUACCAGCUUAAGCUCGCUCUCCUAGCAGUUCCCUCCGUUGACGAAUUCAUAUCAUUGAAGCAGCCCAGUGAUUCGCCAUACCCAUCCUAUCAAGAAAACGCCCUUUCUCCGUGCCUGAGCUGGAAGAGAAUCGCCUAUUGCGGCGAGGUCAUCAAUUCGGCUCUGCAUAAGGACGGCGAUGUAGUGCGCCCCGAGUUCUGGCAUAGUCCUAUCCGCGGAGAUUUGGGAGGUUUGUGUAGGACCUUUAUUGCGACGGCAGACUGUGACCCUCUCAGGGAUGAGGGAGAAGCAUAUGGUACUAAGUUGGCCGCCUCUGGUGUUCAUGUUACAAUGCGCCGAUAUAUGGGUGUACCACAUCCUUUUAUGCAUAUGUUGCUGAUCAGCAAGGGACAAGAGUAUGUGAAGGACAUAUGUGCACAGCUAAAGAUUGCGCACAGCCUUUAG